CAUGUCAGGCCCAUGUUCAAACUUGUUUGGACUCCAUUGUUAGCAGCUUACAGUGUUGGUUUGCAGAACUGUGAUGACACAGAAGUUGCAUCCCUUUGUUUGGAAGGCAUACGAUGUGCAAUUCGAAUAGCCUGCAUCUUUGGAAUGCAGCUUGAACGAGAUGCUUAUGUACAGGCCCUUGCUCGGUUUUCCUUGUUGACUGCCAGUUCCAGUAUUACAGAAAUGAAACAGAAGAACAUAGAUACUAUUAAGACACUUAUUACAGUCGCUCACACAGAUGGCAACUAUCUUGGGAACUCUUGGCAUGAGGUAACAACUUGA